AGGCCUAAUACCUUUCUUCCGAUUCAAGCACAACCUAAGCACGCUCUGAAUAAAGAAUGCUGCUUGAUUUAAAACGACGUCGAUUUUAGCUUCCCUCGUAGAUUAGAUUCAAUCCUUUUCUAAACCCUAAAUAAUCAUUUUCUAACCGAAAAUUGUCCAAUCACCCGAUUUCAACUCCGCCAAUCCUUCCAUCCUUCGCCGGAAGCCAUGCUGAAUUGAGAAUCCCAGAAGCAUUUCCAAUGGACGUCAAGGCUUUGGCGAAAUCAAAGAGAAGUCACACGCAGCACCACAGCAAAAAGUCUCACCAUAGCCACAAGCCCAGAGCCCAAUCAUCGUCUUCUUCCGACCCGAAGGACGCUACGAAGAACCCACCAGGGAAGCAGCAAGCCAACGAGGAGAAGAGAAAGAAAAGUCACCAUUCUGUGCUUCCCUCAAAUUGGGACCGCUAUGGGGAAGAAGAGGAUGAUUCUGGGGCCGAAAUUGCUAGCAAAACCCUCGACGUUGUCUUGCCCAAAAGCAAAGGUGCUGAUUAUCGCCACCUAGUUGCAGAGGCUCAGUCCCAGGCGGAGACAAGUUCGGAAGGAUUCCCUUCUUUCGACGAUCUUCUUCCUGGAGAGUUUGGCGUGGGAUUGAGCUCUAUGCUUGCAUCCAGGGGAGAGGGCAUCAUCUCGUGGAAUGGGGAUGAUAAUUUUGUUGUAGAGGAUAAGACAAGUGGAAAUCAGGAGGCAUCAUUUUUGUCCCUGAAUUUGCUUGCUCUGGCUGACAAUUUUGCCAAGAUUGACUUAUCAAAGAGAUUAUUCAUUGAGUCUGACCUAUUAUCCACUGAGUUGUGUGCGGAAGAGUUAGCAGUGAACAGCAACGAAGAACAUAAGGAACUGGAAACCAAAGUGGACAAUGACCUAACCAAUAGUAUGUCUAAAGAAUUCGGUUUAGACAAUAAAGCUGCUGAUCAGUUUGCACCAUCUAGUUCCAGCUCUAGUAGCCAUCCUGCUUCUAAAUUUCCCUCGUCAAAUGACUUUAACAUUCCUGUAAACUCUGUCAUUACUGACUUUCAGCAAGCUAGCAGCACUGGUAAACAUAAACCAUUCGUUCUAAGUUCAGAUGCCAGCUUACAUUCCACUGAACAUAUAAGAGGGAAACAGUACUCCACAUUUGAAGCUGCUUCUGCUGAAAAAGAACUAGAUAUGCUUCUAGAUUCAUUUACUGAUACCAAGAUCCUAGAUUAUCCAGUUUCAUUAGGAGUCUCUUCUGGGUAUCCGCCUCAGAUUUUGAAGAAAGAUCCAGUUCCAUCCAAAAUUGCAUCCUUUACUGCUAAUCUAGAUGAUGCACUUGAUGACUUGCUAGAGGAAACAUCCACUUUGAUUAAACCAAAUGUUUUAUUACUGCCACAUGAAGAAAAGCCUGUCAACCACAGCAUGAAAUCUUCUUCACAUUCUGGAAGCAAAUCCAAAGUAACUGAUGAUUUUGAUUCAUGGUUUGAUACACUUUGAUUUGACGAGCCUUGGAAUUCUUGAUAUAAUAUGUAGUAUGAUGUGUU